AUGGAGUCUACGAGGGUGGUAUCUUCGGAUAAUUCAGGGAGGUGUUCAAUGGAAAAUGACGACGAUGCUCCCAAGUUUAAAAGACGGAGAGUUUCUGCUGUACGGGAUUUUCCACCGGGGUGUGGACCAUUGGCUGUUCCGAUUGUAAAACAAAAUGAGAAAGCUGUCUGUGUUGGUACUGUUGAGAAUUCUGUGACUAAAGAGAAAAGCAUUGGUGGUUGUCUUGAAAAAAUAAAUCGAGUGGAAACCAAGGGAAAGGAACCAAUAGUUUCUUCUGAUCAGGUGAAUGGGCUUGAAUUUGCAAUGAUUUCGCUUCCAGAUGCCGUAGAUGCUUUGAAUGGUACAAGUGGGGUUGAAUCAGUAGGAGCUGCUGGUGUGUUUGAAGCAGUAAAAGCUGUAGAACAUAAAAUUGCUGAUGCAUCAGAGAAUCUCUGUAAGGUGGAUGUUACUGGUCCAGUGGAAAAUGUUGUCCAGCAGAAAUAUCCUAAUCGGAGAAGAAUUUCUGCUGUCAGAGACUUCCCUCCAUUUUGUGGACCCAAUGCUCCACUUCUUAAUAAGGAAGAGGCUGCCAAAGUGCUGGUUGCUGUGGAUAAGAAGAGUUUGAAUCAAGAGAAGUCUGUUACUGAAGAAAAGCCCAUGGAAGAAAUUGGAGGUGAUGUUAAAGAUGGAGAUAGUAAUGAAAGCAGAUUAGAAAGUGCUUCUAGAAUGGAUGGGGUUAAAGUUCAAGUUGAACCUGAUACUUCUGUGCAUAGGAUGAAGGUAGGUGAAGAGAAUAGACAUGAAAGUGGCAUCAAAUCUCCUCAAGAAACCAUUCGAAAUCAGCAUGACCAGAAGUCCACAUCAGUCUCUAAAUCAGGCGAAAUAGAAAUUGGUGAUCUGGAAGAGAAUCUGGGUAGGGACCUUGUAGCUUACGUGGAGGAUAAAAGCUACAAGAGAAAGCUAUCAGACCGAUCUACUGGUAAGAAUUCAAUGUUUGAGGGCAAGUUUGAGGUUUUGCAGCCUGUGUCAGAUAGGAAAGUAGUGCAAGGUCUUAUGGCUGAACAGAAUUGUCCAUGGAGAAAGGGACAGACAGUGCAUAAACCUAAUAUGUUGGCUGGUGACUCAAGAGAAAGCAAAGGUCAGAAACAUAAUUUCAUAUUGCACAAACGUUCCAAAUCUGCUUUGAAGACAAAGAUAAAUGAUUUAGACGACCAUGUAGGAAUUGUGAAGAAGAACUCAUCUCCCACUGUAAAGGCGAAAGAAGUUAUGGACCAAAUGACUGAAUGUAACAAAGAAGAUUAUCUUGAAAAUGAUAAUGUAUGUGAUGAUUUUCGUUUGGUUGCACGAUCACACAAUUUUGGUGUGAGCCUUCCUCCUUCUUGUCCCAGCAGUUUGAGUGGUAAAGGUGAUGGCAAUGAUGCAAUUGUUACCAGAAACAAAGUGAGGGAAACAUUGCGUUUGUUCCAGGCUGUAUGUAGGAAGCUCUUGCAGGAAGAAGAAGCAAAGCCGGAGCGAGCAACUCAUAGGAGGAUUGAUUUACAAGCAUCAAAAAUUCUUAAAGAGAAAGGAAAAUGUGUCAACGUAGGAAAGCAAAUUUUUGGUUCUGUCCCAGGGGUUGAAGUUGGUGAUGACUUUAUGUACAGGGUGGAGCUUAAUAUUGUUGGCCUACAUCGCCAAAUUCAGGGUGGUAUAGAUUAUGUGAAACAAGAUGGAAAAAUCCUUGCGACAAGUAUUGUAUCGUCUGGGGGCUAUGAUGAUGACACAGAUAACUCAGAUGUCUUGAUUUACACGGGGUCUGGAGGCAACAUGAUGAAUGGAGACAAGGAACCUGAAGAUCAGAAGCUUGAGAGAGGUAAUCUAGCAUUGAAGAACAGCAUGGAUGCAAAGAAUCCUGUAAGGGUGAUUCGUGGUGAUUCAAAGUCAACUGAUUCAGUUGAUGCAAGAGGGAGGACAUAUAUCUAUGAUGGGCUAUAUCUGGUAGAGAAGUGCUGGCAGGAAAUAGGGUCACAUGGUAAGCUGGUGUUUAAGUUUAAGUUGGUUCGAAUUCUAGGCCAACCGGAGCUUGCUGGGAAAGUAGUGAGGAAGUCCAAAAAAUUUAAAGUGCGGGAGGGUGUCUGUGUAGAUGACAUCUCACAAGGGAGAGAGAAAAUUCCCAUAUGUGCUGUGAACACCAUAGAUGAUGAGAAGCCCCCACCAUUUAAAUACACUACUCAUAUGAUAUAUCCUCAUUGGUGUCGCCGUUUGCCUCCCAAGGGUUGUGAUUGUAUUAAUGGAUGCUCUGAAUCUAGGAAAUGUCCUUGUCUGGAAAAAAAUGGAGGGAUUCCGUAUAACCACAAUGGGGCAAUAGUGGAAGCGAAGCCCCUAGUUUAUGAGUGUGGUCCUUCUUGCAAGUGUCCUCCUUCGUGCUACAAUAGAGUCAGCCAGCAUGGUAUCAAAUUUCAGCUUGAAAUCUUUAAAACUGGAUCAAGGGGAUGGGGUGUGAGAUCUUUAAAUUCAAUUCCUUCUGGAAGUUUUAUCUGUGAGUAUGCAGGAGAGCUCCUUGAAGAGAAGGAAGCUGAACAAAGAACUGGUAACGAUGAGUAUUUGUUUGAUAUUGGAAAUCAGUUCAAUGACAAUUUUCUUUGGGAUGGACUUACAACCCUCAUGCCCGAAGCUCAGUCAGGUGCUGAUGUAGAAGUGCAGAAUAGUGGCUUCACCAUUGAUGCAGCACAGUGUGGCAAUGUGGGGAGAUUCAUUAACCACAGCUGUUCCCCAAAUCUUUAUGCCCAAACUGUUAUUUAUGAUCAUGAUGACAAGAGAAUUCCUCACAUAAUGUUCUUUGCUGCUGAGAAUAUUCCUCCCUUGCAAGAGCUUGCUUACCAUUACAAUUACAUGAUCGAUCAGGUUUUUGACUCCAAUGGUAAUAUAAAGAAGAAGAAUUGCUAUUGUGGUUCUCCAGAGUGCACUGGUAGGAUGUACUGA